AUGUCUGAAGCACCAUCUCGGCCUGCGCGAGGCAGGAGCUCUGCCCGCGGCGGCAGGGCAUCAUACGGCUCUCGAGGCCCCAGAAAGACCAACGGCGACAGCGCAUCCUCCAACAUUGACACAUCAGCAGACCAAGGCGAACUUGGAGAGCUUAAGAAGCGCUACCAGUCACAGCUAUCCACACUCAAGGAGCUAUUCCCCGACUGGACCGACGCCGAUCUCGUCCUCGCAAUCGAAGAAUCUGACGGUGACCUGCAGACCACCAUCGAGAAGAUCAGUGAGGGCGCUGUCUCGCAAUUCUCAGAAGUCCCAAAGAAAGCAAAGGACAGGUCCCGCUCCAAGGCCAAGGAGAACGUCGUGCCCGUCGAUGGCGCGUCCAGUCUGCGUGGCCGGCCCGAUGGAGCCCGCCGUGGUGUCGACAGCGGUCGCGGAGGCCGUGGCGGACGGGGCACUGAUCGUGGUCGCGGUGGAAUUCGAGGCGGUCGUGGAGGCGCCGCCAGUGGACCUCGUGCGGCUGCUGGAUCAGUCCCGACUACUGAGUCCGCUGCGUGGGACACACCCACAGUCCCAGAAGAGUCCAAGGAGACCAAAAAGGACGAUGAAACCGUACACGCGCCCGAAGCGACGCCCGAAGCCAUAAAGCCUGUUGUAGAGGCUGGCCUGACAGCCGCGAAGAAGACUUGGGCGAGUAUGUUUGCUGCACCCAAGCCCGUCCCCGCAGUUCCCAAGGCAGCACCGAAGCCUGCUGCUGCUCCAGCCCCCGAAGUGCCCGCACAAGCACCCGACGAGACGCCCGCGCACCAAGUUGCCCAAGAGCCCGCCGUGCAGGCAGAAGAACUGCCUAUACCCCCUGUCGCAGAUGAGGCCGUCGAGACCCCGCCCAUCACGGCCGAAGACACGUCCAAGAUGACGCCAGACAAGAGCGUGGACGAUGCUGCACCUGACGUCACCCUCACACCCUCUGGAGAUCAGCUAACACAGGAGAACGUCGAGCAUCUGCCCGACGAGUCCCAUCCACCCCCAACCGAGACAGCUUUCAGCACUGUCGCAAGCUCGAAGGAUAUUGGAAGUGCAGUAGCGACCCCAUUGAACGGUCCUACACAAGCACCUAUUGGCCGUCCCGCAAUUGGAGGAUUCCAGACGACCGCAUUGAAGGCGACUUCUGGUACCCCACACCGAAGCGCGAGCUAUCAGAGGAGGUUAAUGGAGCAACAGGAGGCAGUCGUCAUGCCCGGCAACCACGCCGUAGACAGGGCUGCAGUUCAGUUUGGCAGCAUGGGAUUGGGCGAAGGCUCGGACCCAGAUGUCGACGAAGACAGGGAAGAGGCAGAGACCAGGACUCAGCCGCCCCAACACUCCCCCAUUACCCAGCCCAAGACCUCUCUCCCUCCCGCUCCUCGCCAAGCAUCUCAAGAUGCCCCCCAACAAGAGUCUGCCCCUACACCAAAGCAGGCCCCUGGACUCCCUCCCGUCCCCCAACACCAACCCAGCCUGCAGCAGUCUCCCUCAAACCCCAUUGGAUCUCAGGCUAUGCAGAACCAAGGAUCUCAGUCCAACCAGCCCUACAACCAGUUUGCUAGGUACGGUCAGCCCGGUAUCCACUCGGAGGCCUCCGCGCCACCGCAGAAGCCAUACGAUCCAUUCGGCCAGCAGAUCCCAGCGUCGAACCACUCGCAGUCGCAGAACUACGAUUACCCUGGCCAAAGCCAGGCCCCGUCUCAGCCUGGUGCUUUCUCCUCCGCCCCAGACAACUACCCCUCCAAUUACCUUACUUCCGAGCAACGCUCGCAAUACCAGAACUACUAUGGAAGCUACGGUCAGCCCAUUGCGCAGAGCCAGCAGGAAGCCGGUUCUGCUCAGCAGCGUACUGGCAGUGCAUUCGGCUCUGGACCUACUGACUCGGCUUAUUCACAGAGUCAGAUCCCACAAUCUCAGAGCCGUUACGGUGACGCUCAGAACAGCGGCCAUAAUACCCCUAACCCGGCUGCUAUGGCAGGCCAGGGACAUGGCGCUCAAGGCCAGCACGCGCAGCACGGCCACAGUGCAGGCUACCCAUACAACCACCCAUACUAUGGCAGCCCCUACUACGCUAACUACAUGAACCAAUUCGGUGGUUACGGCCAAGGAGGAGCAGGCUAUGGUUCGUUCGGAAAGGGCGGCAUGUACGGUCAACCCCAGCACUACGGCAUGUCUCCCCAAGCUUCGUUCGACCAGCACUCGGCUUCACCCGCCAAUGCAGGAGGUUUCGGCGCUUCUUCGCUCCACGAUCGCGGCAGUGGUAUGGGUGCAGGCUUCGGUGACUACGGUCGCUCAGCUUCUGGAGCAUCUCAGAACCCCAGCGCCACUGCCAAUUCUGCUGCUGCUGGAUUCGGUGCCAUUCCCGAUACCUUUACUCGACCAGGAAACUUCCACCAAAGCUCCUAUGGACAGUCGGGUAGCCAGGGCUUGAACGAUGACGCCCUAAAGCCCUCGAGCGACUACAAGAGCGGUGGACCCAGCCCAUCGGCUCUCGGUGCUCAGCCCGGUCGCCCCGGUUCCGCCAACCAAAGCACCCCUGGACAGGGCGGACCCCAACACCCUCAGCAAGGCUACGGAAACUACCCCAACCACCUUGGCAACAGCCAGUAUGGCGGACUCGGUGGUCUAGGCCACCAGAAUUCCGGUAGCCACCAGCAGCAGAGUGGCUAUGGCAACUACGGCGGAUUCGGAGGAUACGGCGGUAGCUACAACCGCGGAGGCUGGGGCGGAAACUACGGCCAGCACUAG